AUGUCCUUCAUGAACCACUCAAAACUCAAGCUCUUCAUAUGUGACCACAACACACUAAUAGGAGACAAAGCUGGCUUUCAGAAUUUCAUUCCAAAGUUCCUACUCAUGUUGUUCAGCUUGUCAUAUAGUACAUCUAAAGCACUCAAUGCAGAUGUUCCCAACUUUCUCUAUAACCAAUAUGACUUGAGAAACCUUGAUCUCUCCAACAACAACUUCAGUGGAAUGUUCCCAUCGUGGUUACUUGAAAACAACACCAGCUUGGAAGCAAUAUAUUUGAGGCAGAACUCCUUUGUUGGUCCUUUGAAAUUGCCAAACCAUCCUAAUCCGAAUAUGAUUACCAUAGAUAUAUCAAACAGCAACAUACAUGGUCAAGUAGCACUCCUUCUUGUUCCCAUCGUGGUUACUUCAGAACAACACGAGCUGCCUCCUCCAAUCUUCAACUCAUCUGCUUUCCUAUAUCUAUACCUAGACGGCAACAACUUUACGGGGCAGAUAUCAGGUUUUCCACCUCCCAAUUGGAUACAUUUGAGUGCAUUGGAUAUCAGUAACAAUCAAUUAUCAGGCAUGCUUCCAACGUGGAUGGGCAAUGUUUCAUAUCCCCAAGCAAUUGAUUUGUCCAGAAAUCAUUUUGAGGGUCCAAUUCCUAGAGAUUUCUGCGACCUUGGCAACCUUAAAUAUUUGGACAUGUCUGAGAACUAUUUGUUUGGUUCUGUACCAUCUUGCUUCAGCCCAUCAACAAUAAAACAUGUCCAUCUAUCCAAAAAUCAAUUGAGCGGUCCAUUAACAAAUGCAUUUUAUAACAGCUCUUCCUUGGUCACGUUGGAUCUCAAUUACAACAACUUCAUGGGCCCAAUUUCAAAUUGGUUUGGCAAUCUUUCGGUCUUGAGUGUUCUUCUUCUGAAAGCUAAUCAUUUUGCUGGUGAGUUUCCUACUCGGUUAUGCUUGUUAGAACAUUUAAGCAUCUUGGAUGUUUCACAAAAUAAACUCUCCGGUCUUCUACCCUCCUGUAUAGAAAAUUAUCCUUUUAAGCAAAAUUUAGAGAAAGCGGUAGCUGUUCAUCAAAGAAUCUAUCAAUUGGAGUCCACAAGUAAGAUGUAUUCUGAAACCAGUUUACUACUAGGGAGGAUCGAUAACCUGAAAAACAGUUUUAGAUUCGUCAAUAUAGAAGAAACAAUAGAAUUUACAACUAAAAGAAUGUCAUAUGGUUACAAGGGCAAUAUUCUCAACUUCAUGACUGGUUUUGAUCUCUCCAGCAAUAGAUUCUCAGGCGAAAUCCCAUUAGUAAUGGGCAAUUUAAGAGAGUUGCAUGCAUUAAACUUGUCACACAACAAUCUCAAACUUAAAGCAGAUAGAGAGCUUGGAUCUUUGUUACAACAACUUGAAUGGUGGAAUCCCUCCAGAACUUGCUGUCCUCAACAAUCUAGCAGUUUCCAGUGUGGCACACAAUAACUUGUCAGGAAGAACUCCAGAGAUGAAGGCUCAGUUUUGGACCUUUGAUGAAAGCAGUUAUGAAGGUAAUCCUCUUUUAUGUGGACCUCUGUUACAGAAAAAAUGCGGUGAAGAAGAAUCACCAUCACAGCCAAUGCCUAAUGAUGAACGAGAAGAUGAUGGAUUCAUAGACAUGUAUGUUUUCCGUGUGACCUUUGGGGUAUGUUGCAUAAUUGUGGUGUUGACAAUUGCAGCAGUUCUUUACAUAAACCCACCUUGGCGACGCAGGUGGUUUCACUUCAUUGAAGAUUGCAUUGACACUUGCUACUAUUUUCUGGUGAUUAAUUUUCGUAAGUUCUCCAACUUCAGAAGAUCUUAGGGUCUUAGAAUGGGAUUGCUGAAUUUGUUGCGGUUGUUGGUGGGGGAAUCAGUUAUUUGCUUGUUGCAUUCUUGGUCCAGAUAUGUGUUUUCUCCGAACUUGUCCAAUUUGCUUGUAUCUGUCCAGCCAUUAUAGGUGUUUUUUAGUGUGUUGGUCUCAUAGCUUAGCCUUACCUUGGAUCUUUUCAAUAUGCUAGUGUUGUAACUAUAUUUAUCUUUGGGAUCCUAAGUUUGUCUUGUUUU